CCGGCGCGCCCGCGGCCGGCCCGCCGCGCCCCCCCGGCGCCCGCGCCCCGCGGCCCGCUGCCCGCCCGCAUCGGCUACUACGAGAUCGACCGCACCAUCGGCAAGGGCAACUUCGCCGUGGUCAAGCGGGCCACGCACCUCGUCACCAAGGCCAAGGUUGCAAUCAAGAUCAUAGAUAAGACCCAGUUGGAUGAAGAAAACUUGAAGAAGAUUUUCCGGGAAGUUCAAAUUAUGAAGAUGCUUUGCCAUCCCCACAUCAUCAGGCUGUACCAGGUCAUGGAGACGGAGCGAAUGAUCUACCUGGUGACUGAGUAUGCCAGCGGCGGGGAGAUCUUUGACCACCUGGUGGCCCAUGGCCGGAUGGCCGAGAAGGAGGCCCGGAGGAAGUUCAAGCAGAUCGUUACGGCCGUCUACUUCUGUCACUGUCGGAACAUCGUCCAUCGCGACCUCAAGGCUGAAAACUUGCUUCUGGACGCCAACCUGAACAUCAAAAUUGCAGAUUUCGGCUUCAGUAACCUCUUCACCCCGGGGCAGCUGCUGAAGACCUGGUGCGGCAGCCCCCCCUACGCUGCGCCCGAGCUCUUCGAAGGCAAGGAGUACGACGGCCCCAAAGUGGACAUCUGGAGCCUGGGGGUCGUCCUCUACGUGCUGGUGUGCGGAGCACUGCCCUUCGACGGGAGCACGCUGCAGAACCUGCGGGCCCGCGUGCUCAGCGGCAAGUUCCGCAUCCCGUUCUUCAUGUCCACAGAGUGCGAGCACCUGAUCCGCCACAUGCUGGUCCUGGACCCCAACAAGCGUCUCUCCAUGGAGCAGAUCUGCAAGCACAAGUGGAUGAAGCUCGGGGACACCGACCCCAGCUUCGACAGGCUGAUCGCCGAGUGCCAACAGCUCAAGGAAGAGCGGCAGGCGGAGCCCCUGAACGAGGACGUGCUCCUGGCCAUGGAGGAUAUGGGCCUGGACAAGGAGCGGACCGUGCAGUCACUGAGGUCCGAUGCCUACGACCACUACAGCGCCAUCUACAGCCUGCUGUGCGACCGCCACAAGAGGCACAAGACCCUGCGCGUGGCCCCGCCCAGCGCGCCCCGCACCAUGGCCUUCCCAGCCCCCGUCAGCAUGCAGGCGGAGCAGCCCGGCACCGCCAUCAACAUCAGCGUGCCCCAAGUGCAGCUCAUCAACCCCGAGAACCAGAUCGUGGAGCCCAACGGCACCGUGAACCUGGACAGUGACGAGGGCGAAGAGCCGUCCCCCGAAGCCCUGGUCCGCUACCUGUCCAUGAGGAGGCACACGGUGGGGGUGGCCGACCCUCGCACGGAGGUCAUGGAAGAGCUGCAGAAGCUCCUGCCGGGCAUCCCAGGCACCAGCCCGCAGACGCCCUUCCUGCAGGUGACCCCCAACCUGAACUUCACGCACACGCUGCUGCCCAUGCAGCACCUGCAGCCCUCGGGGCAGCUGGAGUACAAGGAGCAGUCCCUGCUUCAGCCACCCACCCUGCAGCUGCUGAACGGAAUGGGCCCCCUGGGCCGGAGGGCGUCCGAUGGCGGCGCCAACAUCCAACUGCACGCCCAGCAGCUGCUGAAGCGCCCCCGGGGACCCUCCCCACUGGUCACCAUGACCCCCGCAGUGUCAGCCGUCACCCCUGUGGACGAGGAGAGCUCGGACGGGGAGCCCGACCAGGAGGCCGUGCAGAGGUACUUGGCCAAUAGGUCCAAAAGACACACGCUGGCCAUGACCAGCCCUACAGCUGAGAUCGCGCCGGACCUACAGCGGCAGCUGGGACAGCAGCCUUUCCGCUCCCGGGUCUGGCCCGCUCACCUGGUACCCGAGCAGCAUCGCUCUUCCUACAAGGACUCGAACACGCUGCACCUCCCCACCGAGCGCUUCUCCCCGGUGCGCCGCUUCUCGGACGGGGCUGCCAGCAUCCAGGCCUUCAAGGCCCACCUGGAGAAGAUCGGCAACAACAGCAGCAUCAAGCAGCUGCAGCAGGAGUGUGAGCAGCUGCAGAAGCUGUACGGGGGGCAGAUGGACGAGCGGACCCUGGAGAAGACCCAGCAGCAGCACGUGCUGUACCAGCAGGAGCAGCACCACCAGAUCCUCCAGCAGCAGCUCCAGGACUCGAUCUGCCCUCCGCAGCCUUCCCCGCCUCUCCAGGCUCCCGGUGAAAGCCAGCCGGCGCUCCUCACCCACCAGCUGCAGAGGUUACGAAUUCAGCCUUCGAGCCCGCCGCCCACCCACCCCAGCAACCACCUCUUCCGGCAGCCCAGUAACAGCCCUCCCCCCAUGAGUGGGGCCCUGAUCCCCCCUCACGGCGCGGCCCCCUCGCAGUUCCCAGGCCUCCCAGCCCGCGGCCCCCUCUACCAGCAGCCCGACACCGGCUCCCCUCCCCCGACCGUGGCUCUCACCUGCCUGGGCCUGCAGCAACCCGCCCCGCCGCAGCAGGUGACCAUCCAGGUCCAGGAGCCCGUGGACACGCUCAGCAGCAUGCCGGGCAGCGGGGCGGGCCCUGCCGGGCGGGGCCUGUCCAUCAACCCCGGGGCCAGCCAGAUGCCAGGGCCGCACCGGACCAGCCUGAUGGCCUCCUUCAGCUACGGCCACCGACCCUUGUCCAAGCAGCUGAGCGCUGACAGUGCAGAGGCCCACAGCUUGAACGGGAGUCGGUUCUCCCCUGCCAACUACGACCAGGCGGCGCACCUCCACCCCCACCUGUUCCCGGACCAGCCCCGGGCCUCCCCCGGCAGCUACAGCCCGUCGGCGGCGGGCGCGGGCCUCCCCCCGCUGGAGCAGCUCCCCGCCUUCCCGCCGGGCCCCCCGCAGCCGCUCUACGCCACCUCGGCCCUGCAGCAGGCCCUGCUGUCCCCCACGCCGCCCGACUACAGCCGGCACCAGCAGGUGCCCCACAUCCUGCAGGGACUGCUCUCGCCCCGGCACUCGCUCACCGGCCACUCGGACAUCCGGCUGCCGCCCGCGGAGUUCGCGCAGCUCCUGAAGCAGCGGCGGCAGCAGCAGCAGGAGCACCAGGAGCUGCUCAGGCACUUGAACCAGGGGGACGCCGGGCGGCAGACUGUGGCCGAGCGCCAGGCCCUGGCCUACCAGAACGCUGACUCGUACCCCCACCCGCACCCGCACCCCCACAGCAGCCCCCAGCACCUGCUCCAGAUCCGGCCGCAGGACUGUCUCUCCCAGGAGUCCCCGCCGCCGCCCGCGCCCCGCGGCUUCGCGCCCACGCUCCUGCCCUCGGAGAGCAUGGAGGAGGAGUGCUUCUGCCAGGGCGCCCGGGACGCCUUCCCCAACGCCAAGCCCCCCGGCGCGCUGGCCAAGGGCGGCCACGACAGCCCCCUGCUCUUGAGUACGGGCGGACCUGGGGACCCCGAGUCCCUGCUGGGAACUGUGAGUCACGCGCAGGAACUGGGGAUCCACUCUUUCCGGCACCAGCCCGCCGCCGCGGCGUUCAGUAGAAAUAAGGUGUCCAGCCGAGAGUCCAUCCUGGGGGACUGCAUGGAGAGAAGAGGCCCCGGCCAGGCCAUGGAGCUGCCGGAGCCUGACGGGCCGGGCUACCACCCGCACGGCAGCGCCAGCGAGCCACCGCGGCCCCGCGCGCUGCAGAGACACCACACGAUCCAGAACAGCGACGACGCCUACGUGCAGCUGGAGACGCUGUCGGGCAUGAGCCUAGUGGCGGGCAAGGCACUGAGCUCCGCCCGCAUGGCCGACGCGGUCCUCAGCCAGUCCUCGCUCAUGGGGAGCCAACAGCUCCAGGAAGGGGUCGCCGCAGAAUGCCGGGACCGCCCCGGAGGCCCUGAGCUCCCCGACCUGCCAGAGGGCAGCCAGCACCUGAACCCCUGCUACCCCUCCACGUGCCUCAGUGGCAUCCUGCUUAGCUACAAGCACCCCGAGGUCUCCUUCAGCAUGGAGCAGGCCGGCGUGUGACAGGGUGAGUGAUG